GUUUGCUUGGUCACGGAAUGGCUCAGCAGGAUCUGGUACAACCGACAAAUACCACAGUCAUUACUGGUAUAGCCCUUGAAGCUACCGGCACCGAUCGGGUUCAUAUCGUCACAAGAAAAGAUACCAGACGGUUUCGGUACAGGACCAGCAUUAUUGUUGGAAAUAUCAUGCGGUAUUUUGACACCAUGAGGAUUCAGAGAUUCAAGGGAGUGCUAAUUUACGUAAACAACGUAGAAAGAGGACAGCCUGAGAUUUAUGUCGUGCUAGAAGAAGCCCAAAUUGGUAUCCGUGUUAGGGAAUCGUACGCCGUCGAUGUUGAUCGCUAUUUAAAUUACCAAGAAAGCAUGGGUUUGCUAAACGUUGCCAUCAGUGUACCGCCCCAAUAUGGAGUGCGCCCAGACGGAGACAAAACCAAGGAGGUUGAAAUGCGACAGAGAUAUAACCUACCAAGGGUAGCUGGGUUAAUGAGGCCGUUCCCAGAUCAGGCAUCUGCCAGCUUUAUGCAGUCAUUAACUUUGAACGAUGUGAAUUCUGAAGGUUAUAGGCAGCAGAUCAUCAAUAUGUACCGAGUCCAAGGCUCGGGUGAGCCAGGAUCAGAUCAAUCACUAUCGUCCGCUAACCAGGCUGGUAUGCCUACUGAGAAUAUGUUUACCACCAGUAAAGAUGAGGACAAGAAGUUUGAGGUCUUCCCUGAAGCUUCCAUGAAGAGUGGUCCAAUCUACAAGGUGGCACCAAAAUAUGAAGCUGGACGUUACCGAUUCUACCCAAUCACUGGACAAGCCUUAAAUCAGAGACUGCAGACUUGUCGUGAUCUCCAGCAACAAAACAUAAGGUUAUUAUUUGAUUUAAUCAAUUUCAGUCAACGUCCAACCCAUGCAGUCCCA